CAACAUCCAAAACCCCGGUGCACGUUAGCGGCGGACGUCGUCGAUCAGGAGUGCAGAAAGUUCUCAGAUAAUAAAAACAAGUAACGAAGGAAGAAUUGUAAAAGGCAAACAGACUCAUCAUCGGUCAUCACCGUAAAGUCGAACAAAAAUAGCGGGGAUAUUUUAUAUAUAUAUAUAUAUAUAUAUUAUCGGUUGCGCUGCGAGGAAUAACUAGACCCGUCUCCCAGACAUUAUCAUGUCAAUGCUGCCUUCUUUCGGGUUCACGCAGGAGCAAGUGGCGUGUGUGUGUGAAGUGCUGCAGCAAGGGGGGAACCUGGAGAGGCUGGGCCGCUUCUUGUGGUCCCUGCCCGCCUGCGACCACCUCCACAAGAACGAGAGCGUCCUCAAAGCCAAGGCCGUGGUGGCCUUCCACCGGGGCAACUUCAGGGAGCUCUACAAGAUCCUGGAGAGCCACCAGUUCUCCCCGCACAACCACCCGAAGCUGCAGCAGCUGUGGCUCAAAGCGCACUACGUGGAGGCGGAGAAGCUCCGCGGCAGACCGCUGGGGGCCGUAGGCAAGUACCGGGUCCGCAGGAAAUUCCCGCUGCCGCGCACCAUCUGGGACGGAGAGGAGACCAGUUACUGCUUUAAGGAGAAGUCCAGGGGGGUCUUGCGGGAAUGGUACACCCACAACCCGUAUCCCUCCCCACGGGAGAAGAGAGAGUUGGCGGAGGCCACGGGACUCACCACCACGCAGGUCAGCAACUGGUUCAAAAACAGGAGACAGAGGGACCGAGCGGCCGAAGCCAAAGAAAGAGAGAACAGUGAAAACAACAACUCCGGCAGCACCAAACAGAACCAGCUGUCCCCGUUGGACGGCGGUAAGUCCCUUAUGUCCAGCUCCGAGGAAGAGUUCUCACCCCCGCAAAGUCCCGACCAGAACUCAGUGCUCCUGCUCCAAGGAAACAUGAACCACCCCGGCGGAUCCACCUAUCAGCUGUCCGGCCUCAGCAGCGCGCAGUCGGUCCAUGGCAUCCAGGGACACCCGCACCAGCUCCAGGACUCGCUGCUGGGACCACUCACCUCAAGCCUGGUGGAUCUCGGCUCCUAAAUCUUUUCACAUUUUAUAUUUUUUGCUUUUCUUUUUUAAACAUAUGUGUAGGGGAAGAGAAAAGCCAAGACUGCGAUCCGACACUUUCAAUUCAUAUGUAAAUAUAUAAAUAUAUAUAUAUAUAUAUAUAAAUAUGAGAAAUUCUAACUUGCAUAAUUUUCUGGUGUGAUAUGACACACAGUGGUACUUCAGCGACUAAAUGGACUGAUGUUUGUCAAGUCCUUAAAUAGUUAAGGUGGCCUAACCAAACCGCAGCUGUAAUUGAUGCUCUUGUACGAACUUUGGGGUCCUAUCCUCCUGGGGGGAAAAAAAAAAAA